AACGUAAUUCAAAAACGACGUGAAGUAAUAGGUCUUUAUUUUUUUUUCAUUGCGAAAAGAAGAACAGGUUUCCUAUGAGUGGUUCAUUGCCAAUAGUUUACACUUGGUUCGGUAAUCUUCGCCUUCGGUGUCACAGAGCUACCUAGAGACAAUGACAUGAAAAAGAAUGUUUCAUUUUUCAAGCAAAGGAUCCAGGUCUAGCCGUGUUAUCCAGAAAGAUUCUGCUAACUUGGGUUUGGAACACAGUUUUCAAGCUCGUGCUACAUCUGUCAAUGAAAGACCUGCACCUAAACAGAAUUCUGGUGAUCAGAAAAGUGCACCUGAAAAUGAUUGUCUGAUCAUGCCAUCAGUCACCAAUUCAGUAAUUCAUCGUUCAGCUAGAUUAAGGAUCUCGCCAAACUCAGAGCAAGAGUCAGUACAUGGUUUAGCAAAAAAUACUGACCCUCCUGAGCUAACACAGAGUUUACAGACAUUUCGUGAUUUAAAUAAAGUCCAAUGUCAAGUCAUGCGUCCAGUUCCAGCUGCUAUGACAGAGAAUUUUUCAAUGCCUGCUAAGCAUAGGGAUGUUGUACCUAGAUUACCAGCAAGAAAACUUCAUGAUUUUAAACACUUUCGUGAUGUACAAUCACCAGGUGACCGUAUUUUCUUCACUGAAUAUCCGUCAAAUCCAGGCAUCCCUGUCGUAUAUCGCUUGCCUGAAGAUCGACAUACGAAUCCUGAUCGCCUUAAUUUAGACAGGAGGAAACUGACUAUGUGUCCAGUCCUUGAAGGCGAGGAUAGCGUUAGGCUUCUAAACUUUCAGCACAACUUCAUCACAAAAAUGGAAAAUUUGUCUCAGUUGAAACGAUUGAUAUUCCUGGAUUUCUAUGAUAACCAUCUUGAAAAGAUAUCCGGCUUAUCUGCGUUGACAUCUCUCAGAGUUCUCAUGCUGGGUAAAAACAGGAUACGAACAAUCGAAAACUUAGAUGCAUUGACUAACUUAGACGUUUUAGAUCUCCAUGGCAACAAGCUUUCAAACAUCAGCAAUCUUAGUCAUCUGACCGAACUUCGAGUUUUGAAUCUCGCUGGAAAUGAUAUUACAGAGGUGCGAAACAUUCAAGGAAUGCAGGCUCUAGCUGAACUUAAUUUGAGACGAAAUAAAAUAUCUACUGUGGCUGAGAUGGAACAUUUGCCAAACUUACAGCGAUUGUUUCUUAGCUUUAAUUCCAUUCAAAGUUUUGAUGACAUUAAAUCUCUGUCACAAUGUAAGUUACUGUGUGAACUUUCUCUCGAUGGAAAUCCUAUCGCCUUUGACGUGUCAUAUAAACAUUCUAUACUAAAGAAUAUUUCAAGUCUGCGACAACUUGACAUGCGUAGAAUAACGGAAGAAGAAAAGAGGUUAGCAAAUUUCCUGUCGAAAAAAGAAAAUGAUAAGAAAAAAGAGAUAGGUCGAUUGAUUAAUCUUAAGAUGGCUAUAGACAAUGCUGAAAAGCAAUGGAAUAUGUUUCAUAUCAAAAAUCACUCAGAUGAAAACAGCCUACGUCCACCUGAGAAUACUACACCUGAACUUUUAAGUCAAGAAGAAACAUUGGAUGCUACUAUAUGUCAUCUUGCGGAGUUGGAAGGAGAAACUUUAUAUUUGUAUGGUCGUGGCUCACUUGAUGCUUUUGAUCGAAAUUGGGGACAACAAGCAACAAACACUGUCACUAAUAUUGUUUUUAAGUUUAUUGACUUUGACGAGAUAGUCUCGCAUCUUGGAAAAGUACAAAUUAAGUUUCCCAUUGUACAGAAACUUGAAUUUUCAAGUACAAAUAUCAAGAGUUUGCCUCAGAUAAAUGCUUUGGCUGUAAUUAAACAUUUGGAAUCUCUAACAAUCAGCGACGAUAAUCCUGUUACUUGUUUUCAUCUUUGGAAAUCAUAUUUGUUGUUUCGACUGGCUCAUUUAUCUUUGCAGUAUGUGAAUGGUGUGGAGGUGUCUGGGGAAGAUGUUGUAAAAGCAGAGAAAUUAUUUGGCGCGUUAUCACAUUUCACAACAUUGUGUCUACUGCAGUCCCGUCUGUUAUCGUUACUUGGUGAAAACAAAAAGCAUCAAGGAGAAAUGGACUUUGAGAAAAGUGGAAAAGUUGAAGGAAAACAUGAACGGACCUUGUCAAACGAAGGUCUGGGACGAGCAGGACUACGUUAUAGAGCCAGGAAAGAUGUGACAUCAUGGCAAAAUUUUAGCCACAAUUUCGUGGACAGCUUAGUGGAUAAAUGUACGUCCAACCACGAAAAGACGAAAAAAGUAGAAAGUAUUUAUCCACGAUUGUUUCAACAACAUGUUUUACAUUGUAUUGAUGAAAUGAAAGACCUGGACAAGUUUGUGGAAAAAAGUCUUCAAGAUAUUUGAUUUUCUUAUUGUAAAUUAUUGCUAUUUAUUUAAAAAAAACUAUAAAGCAAACAUAAUGGCCAGUUGCGCAAAGUUUCUUGAUGAAAUUACACAGGGAUUUCAAAAAGCAUUUAGUGAUGACAUAGAUAUAUUAACGUGAUGUUGUUUUGGAGUUUUUAAAAUAUCAUCAGUAUAUGAAAUGUCA